UUUGCUUAAAGUACAUGUGGGUAAAUAUAGUCUAAAUAUACCGCGGCAAUGAUUAGAAACACGUGUACAGAUUCAUUCAUAAGAUUAUUUUCUGCUGGUCAGUAAAUAGAGAAUUCUUAAGAGAUGAACUAGGGGUUAUGUUUACAUCAUUAGGGGAAUUGUAUUGCUGAUAUAUGAUAAGAAACACGGAACCGAGUUUGUGGCUAAGUGUUAAAUAUAAAAUACGAUAUAAACUGACCACGGCGCGUCGGAGUAAGUGAACGCGUUGUGAGAUGAACAUAUAAGGGUACGGAGGUUGAGGUGACGUAGGUAAGGGCAUAUGGACGGCGGAGAUAGGACUUUUGGAUUAGUGGUAAACCGAAGUCUUGUCUGCGUUGUUCUAUAUUCAGGUAAGAUCAUAUUAUUAGUUGUUCAGAGGAUUUCAAUAUUUUAUAAUUAUUAUGUAUUAUAUUGAUUUGUUAAAUGGUUAAAAUUGGAAUGUUCUAUAAAUUAUAAAAAUAAAAGGUUAAUAAUAUUUAAUAAAUGAGUGGUAAACCGAAGUCUUGUCUGCGUUGUUCUAUAUUCAGAGCUUGGGUAAAGCAUUUACACCCUAGAGCGGGUAGGACGCCACUCCCCAUAGCGGUGCGCAGUCCAGAUUCCUUCGGUUAAACAGCGAUUUCAAGAUCCCGUACAUUAUGACAAUUUUACCCCAGUAACACUAAGAAUUGUCAUAAUAAGUGGGGAGAAUCUGGGGUUUCAUCUUCGUUGCUGAAAGAACGGUGUACAGGCUUCCCCCAGGCCUUUAUUAGGGUGCGUUUGCAAGAGGACGCGGAGCCCUAGGAAUAAAAUGAUCCAGAGGCGAGGCAGUGUGUUACGGUUAACAUUACAAUAUUUUUCAUGAAUGGCAAAUGAAUAGCAGAAAACACGUCACAAACUAAACUGACUCCAUUCCAAAAACUUUAACGUGUGGUGUCCAGACGUUCCGUGGAUAACCUAGGUUCAAAGUUAUCAUUGGAUAAAUAUACACAGCCUGACGAUACGGACAACGAAAUAUUGUUCAAUUCAAAUACUUAUAAACCGGACUAUUGGAAUAUUUCAACAGAAUCUCCUCCAAUUAGGUUUGAACCUGGAGUUACGCCUAGACAAUUAUCGGAGACAGGCGGAGCCAAGUUCAAGUCAGCAGGAAAAGUAUUUGGCGUUAAAUCCUCCGUCAGCCCCACCGCCGCCCGUAACGAAAAUUCAACUAAAGAUAAACUCGAGGAGCACGGUUACGAUCACGAGACAGAGCCCGACGGUACUGUAGAUCCGUCAAAGACAACACCUUUCAAACUUUCAAACGUUUGUGCGUGCUGAUCUAAAAGAAGAGCAAAUUCGUGGUCGAUUUGGAACCUUUUCCGACGAUGGUUGGUCGAGUCAUUCGCAGCAAGCAUACGAGGACGCAAUGGACCAGGACGGGAAUACGCGUGCGACAGAAGACCACGUACAGAGUGCGCGUUCUGGAACAGACACAAGAGACAAUCCGACGAUUUUUGGAGGGUCAACGAUUCAAUCAGCUUCAGACAGCAAUACUGAUGCAUGAUAUCGAAGUCCGAGACGGCUCGGGUGAAAAGUUGAGGAUGAUGCGUAUUAAAUCUGAGGAGCACAUAGUACAUGAGUGGACCAACUCUGUGGUAAUGCUGACCCACACAUCCUCCAGUCAGAGGUUAGCUGUUGUCGUUUUGGACGCAAAAACCCACAAGAAGGUGCUUGUCGAAGUCCCACACAAUAAAAGUUAUUCCAACAGAGCCAGCGACUUCAUUAUGGAAAUCUUUGGUGUAAACAGUAAUGGCAAGAUUGUGACAUGCUGUACUAGAUCCCUGGAUCCAAACGAACAAAACGAGACGAUUGAUCCUGUAGAGGGCUUGAACCAGCUUCAAUUGUCCCGCAGGCAUAUAUCUAAAGCAAAAUACGAAAUAAGAUUUUCUUCUUCUGACGGAACCAAGUUUAUAUUUUUGACGGAGAGCGAAACGGACGAAAAACAUUUCUUCCAAUGUGCAAGCGGCACAACUAAGUACGAGAUACCCUUUCCAUUGAAGCCAACCAAAGAGUACGAGAUAAACGUAUUUCGUGGAGAAUGCUUAGAUCCUGGUAGAUUCACACUUAGUGAGCAUGGAUCCUUAAAGUUUCAAGCAGCAAUGAGUAAAGGUCGUUUGUCUUCGCUACACAAACGAGCGACCGAGUUUUGCAAUGAUCGAGCUCUCCACCGUCGCAUUCAUUUCUUGUACAGGAACAAACCACACCAGUACUUUGAUAACAUUCGUUCUCAAAAUCGUGGAGAAAUGAAAAGAUACAUGAAAAAUGAUGGUGGGGACCAGGCAUCUCCAUUGAACAGGGCUAUACCGGGCCUUUUCUUUAGUGCCUUCUAUUUAAAGAACUGUGACGGACAAUUAAUCGUACCCCCGACUUCUCCUUUUGGAGAUCAAAGAUUUCACGUGGCUGUGCCAUUUUUUCUCAAUUCUAAAAAUAAUCUGUAUUUUGCAGACUUUUACUGUCAUUAUACAAAUCAUCAUGUAACCCUAGUAGUUACAGAAGCCAAUAGUGAAUCAGAUAAAUUUUGUAAAGAAAAUCUAAUUUUCUUGGAAAGUAUUAACAAUCCUUUUCUGUACUACAACAGAUCGAAACAUUGUUUUUUCAUUAAUACUUCUGUUAAUGUUGAAGUAUUCUACACAGAAAACAUCGAUAUCGGUAGAUUGUUAUCAUGUCGUCCAAAUUAUGCAUUUUUUACUUUUUGUGGCUCAGUAGGUGAUUCUAGAACAAAGUCUUUUAUAGGGCAGAGUAAAAAUAUAAACUGUGACAUUUGUAACUUGAAUACUUUAUAGCAACUUGAUGAAAUGGUUUAUAUAAUAAAAAGAUGGUUUAAAAUUAAAUGGUUUAUAAAAUAAAAUUUUUGUGAAAGACAGGAUUUGUAGUUUAUCUUAUUUAAUAUCAAAGGCCUGAAGGGCCAUAAUGGCUUACGGGUUUGAUAUGACUAUAUUUACAUGGAUCGAGUAUGAUUCCCUCUAUUUCUUACGGAAACUUUAGUUUAUUUAUAGCUCUAUAGAAAGUAACUAUAGCUACAUGUAAUUCAUAGAUCUAUAGAAACUAACAGGACCGAUAUCAACAUGCCCCAUUUGUUGAUUGGUCGAACCUUAGUGACCGAAAAAGACAGGAUUGAAAUCUAGACGCCUAUUUUAUCAAUUAGUUGAAACCACCAUUGCUUUUAGGAAAAUCAUAGACUGCAUGAAAUAAUUAUGAUGAUGUCAGACUCAAACUCCAAUAUGAGACAAUUUGCUUCUUUCUUUAAUUUUAUCCAACGACUGAAGUACAUUAACUGUAAAUUCAUACAACGAAAUAGGACACAAAAAACACUUAAAACCAACAUGCUCUCAAAUAUAAGUAUACCUUGUAUUCCUACGCACUAUGAACUUGCGCGAGAGUUGGUGCAAGGUGCGAUGUAACAGCGCCACAGCCAGCGCAAAAUCACUGCGCGUAAAAAUAAUAUAACCAAAUGAUGAAAAGUACUGCAUGUUAUGUACUAUAAUUAAUGAAUUCUCAUGAAAUCUACACCAACAAGUAUUAUUCCAUUUUAUUUGUAUUUC